CUCACGGGUUAGUCUCAAAGUGUCCGUGGACGUGAACAGAAGCGCCCAGCUGGAGCGCCGUGAAUGUGUGGAAGUAACGAUGUUAUUGUAGGUUUACUCCGUUUGGAAAUUGUAUUCCAAAAGAAAGACAAUUGCACUAGUUAAGUAACGUUUUUUGUUAUUUCACUUUUUAAACUUUUUUUUACCCCAAAUAAGUAGUAGCCUACCUGUUUCGAUUUUUAAAAAGGACUUGCACGGCAAAAAUGAAGACACGGAUUUUACUAUCCUUCCUGACGUUUAUUGGUUCAUGUUUGUGUAAUGGAUCCGAGCUGGCUUUCCUUACGGAGCCCAGUGAUGUUACCGCAGUACGGGACAGGCCGUUGAUGCUGGACUGCAGGGUGGAAGGCGAGGGCCCCAUUACGGUGACGUGGCAUAAGAAUGGAGCUCCGGUGCUUCUGGGAGUAGGCAGUCGUGCGAAGGUCCUAUCCAACGGCACGCUCCUGAUCCGUAGCUUCCAGAAGAGACGGGAUGGAGAUUCUACCGAUGUUGGAGAGUAUUACUGUGCUGCACAGAACCACUACGGCAUGCUGGUCAGCCGCAAGGCCCGUGUGCAGCUUGCAUCUCUUCCUAAAUUCCACACUCACCCUGAGCCCAUGUCAGUAGAUGAGGGAGGUGUUGCACGUUUCCAGUGUCAGGUCAAUGGUAUUCCUGAGGCCAACAUUACUUGGGAGAAAGACCGUGUUGUGCUUGGAACAUCUGAUGACCGGUACACACUUCUCCCAAAGGGUAUUCUGCAGAUUACAGGAGUUAAGAAAUCAGACGCUGGUGUCUAUCGCUGUGUUGCCACCAAUAUGGCAAACACCCGCUACAGCCACGAGGCCUAUCUGAACGUAACCGGAGGUGUUCCUCGCAUCUAUAAGGAGCCAGUCAUCCUGUCCGGCCCACAGAACCUCACCAUCACCGUCCAUCAGACCGCCAUUCUGGAGUGUAUCGCCACUGGAAACCCUCGUCCGAUUGUGUCUUGGAGUAGACUUGACGGCAGAUCUAUCGGAGUGGAGGGCAUACAAGUGCUUGGGACAGGGAAUCUGAUGAUCUCAGAUGUCUCCCUUCAGCAUUCUGGAGUUUAUGUGUGUGCUGCCAACCGGCCUGGCACCAGGAUGAGGCGUACUGCAUUGGGCAGGCUGGUAGUUCAAGCUCCUCCAGAGUUCAUUCAGUGGCCGCAGUCUGUGUCUAAACCAGCAGGGGGCAGUGCUGUCUUCACAUGUGUAGCUCAGGGUGUUCCUGAGCCUCAUAUCAUUUGGCUGAAGAAUGGAAAGAUUCUCACGCCUGGCGAUAAUGUAAAGCUCACUAACAAUAACAGCACCCUGGCCGUAACUCGCAUCACAUCAGAGGAUGAGGCCAUAUACCAGUGCAUCGCUGAAAACUCUGCUGGCACAAACCAGGCCAGCGCUCGUCUGGCUGUGUCUCUGGCCAAAGAGCUGCCCGAUGCCCCUCAGGGCCUGAAAGCCACGGCUCUCUCUAAAACCACCCUGCAGCUCUCCUGGACCCAGCCACCAGCCGAAAUCACAGACGGAAUCAUCGGAUACGUUCUGCAUAUCCGCAAAUAUGGCGAGCCUGAAAGCAAAGAACUACAGGAGGCUGUGAGUAAAACAACAUUUCAGCAUGACCUCACUAACCUUGAACCUGGGACCACCUACUCCAUCUACCUGAAGGCUUACUCUCCACUGGGUGCUAGUGAACACUCCAGUACUGUUGUUUCCACAACACUAGGGGGCGUGCCCAGUCCACCUACAUUUUUCACCAAAGCAAUAAACACCACUGCAGUCCAGGUCCUGUGGGAGCUGCCCAAUAAGCCUGGGAAAACUGAGGGUUUCCGACUGUCGUACCGCAGGGUCCCACACGGAGAGAUCCAGGGACCGGUUCAGUUCCCAUGCCAUGUUAAUGCUCACACCAUUACUCAUCUUGACCCUGGUGCUGUGUAUGAAGUCAAACUGGUAGCCUACAAUGGCAAUGGAGAGAGUGAGACUUCAAAGAAACUCGUGUCACUGGCUGAGGGCGGGACUAGUGCUAAAACCAGAUCAAGAGAGGAGACUGAAUGUAACUGCAGGGGUGUAGAGAGCUCGGUGAGCAGCAUUGUGGUUGGCAUCCACAUUGGCAUGGCCUGCAUCAUUUUCUGUGUGCUCUUCCUCAUGUUUGGAUAUCGGCGCAGUUUUCUCUGUAGGAAGGGGACUCAGGACAGCUGGUCUGUACCACAGGGUGAAGAUGGAGGGCACCAUCCUCAGAACAAUGGCAUCCCAAAAGCGGGAAUGGCACGGCCUGCUCAAGGCAUUGAACUGGCUCCACAAGAUCAUAACAUAGAUCAGCAGGCCCAAUGCCAGGUUCUUAUAGAGCAGCACUCAUCCAGUCUGCCAGGCACAGGCACUUAGCUAGCACUGCCUCUGUGAUCUACCUCCUUGUGGUUCCUCUGCCUAGCCUGCCCACCACAAAGUCCCGUUUAGUCCAUAUUUAUCAUGCCCUGUUUGUCACCGAAACUGCUGCUACUGUUUAAAGGUGUAAAUGGGCCUGUUUUAACUACAAAAGUUUUGCUAAUUGAGGCUAACUGAGCUGGUUUAAGUUAGUCUGUACCCGUUUGUUGCUUUUACUCCCUGCCUAUAGAACCGAAACUUGACUCCUUUGAGAUCUUAAUGUUGAUGUGUCCGCACAAGAACACCAAAUGAUAGCCUUAGGAUAUAUUGUAGACAUUUUUUAUGCUAGCAUGCUAAGUUACAAAUAGUUACUGCACUCUUUCGGAGCAUAAAUACACAAUAGAAGCAAAACAAAACAAAAUUUAUACCAAAACCGCUUUAUAUUUUAUUAUCAAAGGGCUUUCUGCUAAAACCAAAAAUUCAUUUUGCAAUGUGUCCUCCGGUAAUAAAAUUAGCCUUACUUUGUGUAACUGCCACAUAAUAUAAAGACCAGCCACUGAAAUAAUCUCAAUAUUUCUCUUCAGUCAAACUCUUAUAUACGAUUUAGUGACCUACAUGAUUUACAAAACAAGCUACAACUAGCCAUACUCUCAGUGGAAAUGAUUUCAGGGAACAGAGGUUUGUUUCAUUUGUUAGCCUUAGCUCGGAUAUACCAAGAUGAAUAACGUGGCCUUGCUUUUGCCUUCGCUUGUGGUUGUGUGAGUUCAAAUGAAUUGAUUGUUAUAUGUUUCACCGUACAUGCCUCGAGGCAGGCUCUACCCCAGAGGAACCAUAAAGUUGAUGGAUCUUACCACCUUUCCCUCUUUCCUAUUCUUUAUAACCCCCGCCAAAAGCUGUAUACCUCCAAAGAUAGCUACCUCAGAAUGUUAUGCUGGGCUGACAUUAGCCACCUGCUAAUAAAACUUGCCUACCUCAGCCUAAAAAUAGCAGAUACCCGCUACUCUUCCCCCUGUCAGUGCCUGUGCCAGCUGCCUCCAGAACCUGCAUUCAGGUGCCCAUCUGGUCGACUGCCAUGGAGACUGUGACCGUGGCUGCCCAUCCUCUGGAUCCAAAUAUUGCCUUAGCAGACUAAAGCUGUCUGGGAACCCCUCCCUAACUCAUCGUCCAGAAAUGUUUUACAGAGCCAUUUAAGACGUCCAUCCAUCCACAAUUAGGAUCCUUCCAAGCCGAUCAAAGGAUUCCUUUCUGAUGCUGCUAAACUCCAAAGAAAAAGAUGAAAUAGCAGGAACAGAAGGGGAUUCAUUUUGUUUUCGGAGAAUGUGAUCUGAUAAUUCCACAUGGGAUGUGUGGACCCUUGAGAAUUGUACUGGGAUAUUUUGGGGCCUUUCCAUGUGGAUUCCACAAAAACCUGUGAAACCAAACACUUGGGAUAUUUUGCUUUCCACCAAGGAAUAUGUGAUGGCAUCGAGACGAUGUUUAUCCAAAGAGAUUUUUUUUAGUCAAACCAACUGGUCUUUUCUUCAGAUGCCAAAUCGGUUGCCAUGGGAACUUGACGGAGCUGCGAGAUGAUGGUUGACUUUGGGUUUACUGAGAAACUGCUGCGUUCUCUCUUUCCCCAAACAAACAAACAGGCAUGGCAGCAGAUUAUCCAAAAAUAUGUGUGAGAUAUGAAAACCAAGCUUUAUGAUAUCCAAAGAUGUAAAAAAAAAUGUAGGUCUUCAUUUGUCUUUAUAUCUAUUUGCUCUUUAGAUGAACUGAAGCCAUUGUGUUAAUGUUUUUGCAGGUCAUGUUAAAAGGGGAAGCUGCAAUAAAAUGGAUUCAAUAACAAACCCAAUCACACAACAAUAAUAUGCUUUAAUAGUCAAACAUUUUCCAUCUUCCCUCUUUUGAUAUUGACCUGCCAGUUUUUUAUUUGAAAACCUUUUAACAUUUAAAUUAUAGCCAAAUGAAAAUGGGAUAUAUUUUCAAGGAGAUUUUAUAUGCUGAUACAAGAGAAGGAAUAUUUGUAUCAUCUUUAUAAUAAAAGAGUUGUACGUGCCAAAUAGUAGAAUAAUAAUAAUGCCAAAUACCUCUUUCACAUUUAACAUUCAUACCCUUUAACUUUUGUAACACUUCGUUAGCCAAGCACAUGAGCAUGCAUGAGUUACGGUAUAUGUACAGUAUGUAUCAUGCAUAAAUGUGUGUUUUGUGAUUGGCUAACAGCAGGUCAAACCUGGAGUCAGUAGUGGUCAAAGAAAAAAAAAGUCAACUGAGCGAUGUGUAUACAGUAACAUAUGAAUGGAACCAAAGAACUUGAUUUUUUUUUUAAAGUGAUAUGUAUCAAGAAAGCAAAGCGUCCUCUUGCUAUGAUGAUCUAUUUACCUGAAGACGUUCUACUCCACUCCAGGUUGACCUUCUGAACAUAAUGAGUGUUAAAAACAUUUACCCACAAUCGCUGCAUUUCAAACAGCCCCUUCGUAGACUAAAACUCCCAUCCUUGUGUUCAUUUGAAAGAACUGAAAUGUUUCGAGAAAGAAUAAAGGGAGGAUUUUAGAUUUUUAGCUGUAUAGCGUGAUCUGGAAAGUACGUUUAUUCAUAUUUUAAACAAUAUUUGGACGUUUAUUCAUAUUUUAAACAAUAUUUGGUUCUUUUUGUAGAACUUUUUUUCUAUUCUCUUUCACAAAGUUGUCAUGGUACCUACCUUGGUUUGGAAAGAUGGCAUUUUGAUGUUCAUUUUAGUAAUGUUAUUAUUAAUAAUAUUUUAAUUAUUGCUAUUGCUAUUUUUUUCUAUGUCCAUUUUGAUGUAUGCCUGUUUUCAUUUUUCAUUUCUCUGUAGCAGAUGAAGGAGAAUGUGAAAGUGUUUGUUAGGAACCUAAAAAACAGUGGGUCAUAUGAAGCAGGCUGUGAUUUGGGAUUCAUGAUGUUUGUUUGCAUUUAUAUUCUACACUUCAAUUUGGGUAAAUGGCUCCUAUGUUGACGUGCAGAUACCAAGUGCAGUUUUACAAAGGUUUCAAACAGCUAAAUAGCACACAUAAAUGAGUGAAUCCCCCAUCUGUUUGGAUUAUGACCCAAUGAUAAAAAAAAAGAAAAAAAAGUUGAGAACUAGAGUUUGAGGGCUAGAACCAAUGAGAAAAAUGCUUUAACAUGUACUUCCUUAUUUGAACCUAAAAACCCAAAAGCUUUAAACACUUUGAGACUGUGAUGUCUCCAACCAAAAAUAUUAAAGCGAGGGGUUGGUGUCUAGUGAAUGGACAAAUACAGAGCAAAGGGACCAGACAAUGAAUGCACAAAGGGUAAUAAUUGAACCACGGUUGUUGAAUUGUUUUAUAAUGGCUUAAUAUACAGGCUGUAGUCUCUGAAUUGAUCUGUUAGCGCAAUGAAGCUUGCGAUUCACAUUUAUCAUGUUGCUAUGUAGAUUGUGCAGGAUUUCUCUAAUUGACUUGUAGGUCUUUACCAGAUCUCAAAACAAAAAUGUCAAGAUUCCUCAACAUACUCCUGUAUUGCAUCAUUAACUUGUAAAGUGACAAGUUCUCAAGAAUGGGUUUUGAUGAAUUCCUUUCCUGUUUCGAAGAGAUAAUGAUGUCUGCCAUUACCUAGCAACCAAUGGGAAUGUCUUUAGAAAUGCCCCAAGAUUUCAUUGCUGAGCUCGCUCUUGAUUUAGGUGACUGUUGUAAUAGCACAGUCUCUGGUCUCUGCUUUUCCUAAUUUGUUCAAAUUCCAGGGCGCCUGAAACCAAAUAAAAACAAAGAACAAGAA